AGGUAGACAUGAGCAAAGUAAAAUUGGAUGUUAUUAAGCCCUGGAUUACUACCAAAAUAAAUCAGAUCCUUGGCAUGGAAGAUGAUGUAGUGGUUGAGUUCGUCUACAACCAGCUGGAGGAAAAGUAGAAACCGUUGCGGGGGCUCAACCCUUUUGUCCCAAUGGCAUUCGGAUGUGUUCCUCUCUGCAUCCGAUUGGCCGCCUUUCUAUCAACCGUCAACCAUAGCGUGAUCCGUCUUCUACGUCGUACCACGUCGCAUCAGCAGCUAAGGACAGCUGCCGCAGUUGCCGAUUCUUCACCAUCUAGCAACCUCCGCCUUAGCGGAGUCACCAUUCCCCGUCAUCAUCACCCAGAGACCAGCUACGUUUUUCUACUGCAACAUCUUGUCCGUGCGAACGAGUUCCUCAUCAUCCUGGAGAGCCUCAAUCAAGGCUUUGCGUCAUGUUGACGCGUGCACCACCUCUUCGUGGAAACGGAGUUGCCUCUUCCGAGGCAAUUCAACUGACUAGCUGUCGACGCAGCAGAAAGGCCUUGGUGGCCUUGAACCAUGGACCUUGGUUAUCACCGGCAGUUUCCCUUCAUUCCAAAGAUGACAAACAUCUGCAGACCUUGGUCAGGGCUCACCGUUGACCAAUGAGAGCGACCCAACACUGAAGACACACCUGCGGCUCUUCUUUAGUCAACGGGGGGGGAAGGGACUUUCUGAACUAUUGCUGUUCGAUCUCAACUGUCCACCCUUUCAAGGUGGAAGUGAAGUGAUCAAAGCUUGGAGAGUGGGAUUGGUAGACAAGCAUCAUAUUCGCACAUGUUGUGACAAUCCUUGUCAUUAUGACAGGUUGGUUUCUUGAUGAUAUAUACUUAUACUUUUCUAUCAAUUCUUCGUUUUUCAGCUAAUAAUCAUUGUAUCCACGUGUCUAAUCAAUAUUUUUACAUUAUAGCUUUGUACCACCGUAACAUUUCAAAAUCACAUUCUCGUAAUCAGCUGUUUGUAAUGAUAUUUCUGUUUUUAUAUUAGUUUUUUAUUUAGGCAUCAUCGAUGUGAAAUGAUCUGAGCUGCGGAUACUUGAUAACUACAGUUGUGGUAAGAUUGACGUUUUAGGGUUCUAACAAGCUUUUGUGCUUUUCGAGGGGGAAAAGCAUCUAUGUUUACUGAGGAAUUGUUUACAAUAAAAUUUGAGAAACAAUAUUUUUCACGCUAUUCUGAUUUAGGACCAUUUCUUUACUAAUUUAGGUUCAGGUAAUGGAUUAUAAUUGUAGUUUUAACAGUUCUGAUAUUGCCCUAAAAUUGCAGUUCGCUGAAUUUUUAUAUGGGCACAAUUUUAUUUUUUUUUUAUAUGAAUGAAAAUUUUAUGGAAUAUUGCCUAUAAUUCACACCAAAAACUAUGUACUUUACAGUUUCCCGAUCCUCGAAAAAUGCAGAUCAAUCUGACUGGUUUCCUGACUGGCAGAAAUGCCCGAUCAUUCAUGGGCGAACUUUGGGACCUGUUGGUCUCUGCACAAGAAAGCAUCACUGGCAUCCCAGAAGCUUUUUUGCAACAGAAGAAAGAUCAAAUCAAGAAACGCCUGGAAGAACAAGAGAAGCUGCAAGCGUCGCUAGCAGAGAAAGAAAAGGAAAAAGAACGGGAGAAGGAAAAGGAUGAUGCAGAAUCAGCAAAGUUGAAGAAAGAAGAAAAAGACCGAGGAUCAUCUAAAGAAAGACGAAGGGAUCGUAGUCGAGAUCGUGACAGGGACAGGAAUAAACGGAGCAGAUCACGGGAUCGCCAUAGAGAUAGAGAUCGUUCAAGCCGUAAAAGAAGAUCAAGUUCAAGAUCACCGGCAAAAUCCUCAUCAAAGGACAACGGUAAAGAAAUGACUGAGGUCAAAACUGAAAGAGAAGAUUCGCCUCAACUUGACAAUGCAAUACCGCUAAUGCCUGUUAAAACUAAACCAGAGGCAGCAGUUGCUAUAUCACGGCUACAAGCAAAGCUAAUGAGCAUCGCUGACGGCAAGAAAAAGAUAAACCGUUCUCCAUCUGUAGAACUCGCAGAAAAACUUUCCAAAAAAUCACCAUCAAAGUCACCUGCUGGUAAAUCGAAAAAAUCCAGGUCAAAAUCGCCGAUUUCAAAAUCUAAGAAGUCACGAUCGCCUGUAUCAAAAUCACGACGAUCACGUUCUAAAUCACGAACAAGACGAUCUCGGUCCAAGUCAAAAACCAGAAGGUCAAGAUCACGAUCUCAAGAUCGAUCAAAGUCAAGAAGGUCAAAAUCGAAGUCUCCUGUUUCAAAAUCGAGAAAAUCACGUUCAAAAUCGCCAAUUCGUUCCAAGAAAUCAAGAUCAAAGAGCAUUGACCGCAGCAAGUCUAGAAAAUCACGGUCUGAUUCAAGCGAUUCGGCGUCAUCGAAAUCACGAUCCAAGACUCCCGAAAAACGAAAAGAACAUAUUGACUCUAAUAGGAAGCGUGAUGUGAGUUCGAGCAGUAGUUCAGGAUCAGACAUAGAGAAAGGAGCAAAAGACAAAAACGAUUUUGAAAUCCGUAAGAAAAAAGAUGGUGUGCAAGCUAAACGAUCUUAUAGAAAGACCAAUAAAGAUGAAAGUGGUAGUGAUUCUGAUUCAAGUCGUGAAAGAAAAUCUGCUCCUAAAAGAAGGAGCCCUUCACCCAGGAAUGAUAGAUCUAAAGAUAGGGACAGAUCCCGAGAUAGAAACAGAAGACGAUCGUCUUUUGAAAAAGAGCGAGACAGGAGGCGGGAUCGCGAUCGCGAUCGCGACAGGGAUAGAGAAAGAGACAGGGUUGAUCGAUACAGUGGUGGGAGAAGCAUGAGGCCACCAUCUGUGCGGAGAGCUCCAAGCCGACGAAGAAGCCCACCGCGUCGUAGCCCAGGAAGAUAUGAUCGUCGACGUUCACCUAGCCCAGGGGAUCGACGUAGAUGGAGGUCAUCACCUGAUCGCCGAAGAAGGUCGUCCGAACGACACGAUCGGCACAGAUCCGUUGACCGGCGAGACAGCAGACGGUCACCGGAACGUCGGGAUCGAUCGAACAGGUACGAUAGAUCUUCCUCCCGUGACAGAUCUAGCAGGCGCGACAGGUCCCGAGAACCAAAGGAAAACAAAGACCGUAAGACGUCACCUGAUAGAUCCAGAGCAAGGUCGAAGGAGCCCAAAUCAUCGUUGGAGCGUUCUAAGCCCUACAAGCGAUCUCCAGAUAAGGAGGUGAGGGAAAAACCAAAGGAGAAGAAACCUGUGGUAGAUGAACCUGCCAAGAAACAGGAUGAGAGGAGACCUCAGAAGAUGUUGCGAAACGGACGAUCUAAAUCAAGUAGCUCGCAAAGUACAGAGAGUAGUUCCUCUAGUGAUGAGGAACAAUCAACCAGCAGAAGGUUACCGGAAAUAAAACAACCAACGCAGGAAGUGAAAGAGCGAGAAAUUUUAGAAGACGUCAACAAGAAAAAAGAAAAGGAAAAGAUUUCAAAAGAAGAAGUUUCAAUUAUACGUCCGGAGAAAGAAGUUCGAAAAAUUGAACCUAUUGUUCCAAAAAAAUUAGAAACCAUUGUUUCACCCAAAAAACCGCCAACUACAAUACUUCCUGUUACGAGGCACAGGUUCUCAAAGAGCUUGUCUCGAACCCCAUCACCGUUUAAAAAAACUGAAGACAUCAUAGCUGCUGCAGCCAGGAUUAAACAAACUCCAUCUAGAGAUAAUAAAGAUGAUUCACCUAAGUCUAUAGAAACUGCUCUUUCGUCCAGUGAUGUUUUCCAGCUGAAGAAAGAAGAGAGACCAUUGAAGUUGCUCAAGGUUACAGCUGACGAUAAAAAACUAACUCACAAAUUGGUUGAACUUCCGUCCUUGAAGAAGAAAUCAGUUGAUGAAAUAAACAAGAGAAUAAAAAGAGACAGGAGGGAUGAAUCUUCAAUCUCCGAAAACAGCGAUGAUGAAAACAAGAAGAAAGAAAAACGGAUCGAGAAAUCAAGGAAAUCUCGAAAGGAAUCAACAGACGACGACAAAUCGGACAAAAGUAAAGUCGAAUCUAGUUCUGAAUCCGAAGAUGACAAAAAGCACGUUGAUAGCAAAUCUAAAAAGAGCAGAGAUGCUGGGAGGUCGGAUUUGCUGGAUGAUCGUAGUAAGGAUCGCAGGGAUACUCGAAAACGUGAUACCAGUGGCGACAUAGAAUCAAGAAAGCGGUCAAAGAGGGAAAUUGAGGAAGAUCUACGAAAAACUAAAAAGGUCCGAAAAGAUUCCACGUCUGACGAAGAUGAAAUGAAAUUGAAGAAAAUAUCAAAAUUAGAAGAGGAGAAAUCUAAGUCAAGAAAGUCGAAAAAAGACUCCAGCUCUGACGAUGAACCGAAAAAGUCGAGAAAGCGUCGAGACAGCUCGUCUGAGGAUGCAAAGUCGAGAAGUAGGAAGUCGAGAAAAGAAUCAACCAGCGACGAUGAGGGAAGGUCCAAAUUAAAGAAAGCCAAGCGGGAUUCCAGUUCGGAAGAUGAAGAAAUUGUAGAGCGAGAAAGUAAGAAAAAGAAAAAGGUAGAAGAUAGCAGUGACGACGAGAAGGUAAAGAAGAAACGCAAAAAGAAAAUGAAGACAAGUACAAGCGAAUCUGAGGAUAGUGAAGUGGAGGAAAAGAAGAAAAAGAAAGAUAAAAAGCACAAAAAACACAAAAAGCAUAAGAAACAUCGUAAGCAUAAAAAAAAGAAGGCUGUAGAGUCUGAAGAAUCGGAUGCAAGUGAGGGGAACACGGAAGAACUCGAAAAAAAACUACGCGAAAAAGCCUUGAAAUCUAUGAAGAAAGGACACAGUAUUGAACAAAGUGACUAAAUGGAUUGUGCGUAAUUCAUGCAAGAUAAUGUCAGAGAAGUUGACGUAUUUCAAAUAAUUAUAGGCUGUUAUUUCUUAGGUUGGCUAUGCCAAAGUAACGAUUCACCCGAUCCAAUAAACAAAACUGAUAACUAACGGUUUUGUAUUUUAACAGACUGCGGUUGCAAUUUUUGAGGCAACUUCUUUGAUAUUACCAUUAAAAAAUAAUUUGGUAUUUAUAAAAAAAAAGUACCAUAAAAAACUAAAACUAAAACUUACAAUAGUUGAUUGUAUCUAUGCUAGUAAUUUUACAACUCGUUUUUUGUUGUAAUUCUCAUGCAAUCAGAAAUUCAAACUAGAGGUAAAAGUUUUUUUUACGUUUCUGAUUGCCAAAAAGUGUUCAUACCAUGCAGUGUGAAAUAAUCAAUUAAUUUGUAAAUUAAGUUGACAUGUGAAAGGAUGUGUGACAAUCGAAGAGCAUACCUAACAUUGUGAAAUCGUAUGAAUCGCGUGUCCGUGAAAUAAAAAUUGUUUCAACUAAGAAAAA